UUUUUUUGUGUUUUUUUUCUCUAGUUGUUUUCUGUAGUUUUUAAUUUAAUUUUUGUCAAUACUUACUAGAAUUUUGUGUUUACCAUAAAUAUUUUUCCUUUUCAAUCUUGCAUUAUCAAAUGUGUUCACUUUUUGGUAACUUGUUAAUUACAACCACAACAGACAUUGAAGAUUGUUAUUGUUAGAUAAUGGCUUCUAUAAGCUUCUGCUUUCGGCCAAAAUCUAUAAUUAUUGUUAUGAUGUUGUUAUUAACACAUGUACAAAUAUUCUAAAUAAAAUAUAUUUAAACCAAAUCAAGAAAGGUUCGUGGCGCCAACCUCCUGAUAUUUAACUCUGCAAUGGAAUCCUUAUUUAAAACUGUUUAGAUUAAAAACGUACCUUACAAUAUCAAGUCACUCUAUUUUUAAGAGUUGACAACUUAUGUAAGAAUUGAAAAUGAAGUCUGUAAGGGUUCAACAUAAUCUAAUUUUACAAUAAUUUAUUUCUUAAAUACCCUUGUUGAAACUAUUGAUCCAACGACUCCACUGUUUAAUUGAUCUGUUUACCAUGUUUUAUAACUUAACAUAGAUUUGUAUGUUAUCAGUCUAUAUAUAAACAGGGAAGUAAAUUGAAUGACGUUUUACAAAGAAAACGAUAUCUUAUAAGUUACGUGAAAAUGUAAAUGGAAUAACAAUUAUAGAAAAUGAGCGGAUAUAAAACCAAGUUAAUUGUUGCUGCCAUAGAUUUUGGAACAACAUAUUCAGGAUAUGCUCAUUCGUUGAAAGAUGAAUACAAAAAGGAUCCAUUGAAGAUAUAUGCUAACCAGGACUGGACUGACGGUUCUGGUCUGAUUACGUUAAAGGCACCCACUGUUGUUUUAUUUGACAAUAGAGGACACUUCCAUUCGUUUGGAUAUGAUGCUGAGACAAAGUAUGCAAAACUCUCUGAAGAGGAUAAACAUAUUGGCUGGAAGUAUUUUAGGCGUUUCAAAAUGAAAUUACACGAAAGAGUGAAUCUUCGGCGGAACAUGAUGCUUUCAGAUGACCAGGGAAAUCGAAUGCCAGCCUUAGAUGUUUUUUCAGAAGCUAUUAAAUACUUAAAGGACCAUCUUAUGAAAAGAUUGCGAGACAGAAUUGGAGAGUUACGCGACACUGACAUACAUUGGGUUCUUACAGUACCUGCAAUAUGGCAUGAUGGCGCUAAACAAUUUAUGAAAGAAGCAGCAGCAAAGGCUGGAAUUCCAGAAGAUCAACUGACAUUGGCUUUGGAACCAGAAGCAGCCGCCAUAUAUUGUAAAGAAUUGGUUGUUUCAAGGGCAAAAGAACAAAAACAGGAAGCAAAACUACAGACUUUCGAUCCGGGUUCUCAGUUCAUGGUGCUAGAUCUAGGAGGCGGAACAGUUGACAUAACUGUCCAUGAAGUACAAAGAGAUGGUACCCUAAAGGAGCUGCACUCCCCGAGUGGUGGACCCUGGGGUGGUACAGUUGUUGACAAAGGGAUAGAUAAAUUCUUAGACGAUCUGUUUGGUAAAGACGUUAUGGGAGAAUUCAGGGAUGAAUGUAAAACAGAUGAUCUUGAUCUACAGAGAACCAUCGAGUUAAAGAAAAGAACGUGCAAGGAGGGCGAUGAUACAGUAAAUCUUAAGUUGCCAAUAGCAAUAUACGAAUUCUUUGAAGAGAAAACAACCGUGAGUUUCGCAUCAACUUUACCGAGGACAAAGUUUGCUCGCUCUGUAAGAAAGAAAAGAGACAGGCUCCAUAUUGAAAACGAGAUAUUCUUGCAAAUGUUUAAAAGUCCGAAGGACAGUUUAGUGAAUCAUGUUGAAAAUAUGCUUCGAAAACCCGAACUUCGAAAUGUUAAAAAUAUAAUGAUGGUUGGAGGAUUUUCAGAGAGUGAAAUAAUGAGGGAUGCUGUAAAACAUGCCUUUCCUACAAAGAAUAUAAUUGUUCCAGAGCAACCGGGAUUAGCCGUUGUAAAGGGUGCAGUUAUGUAUGGACAUAAUACAGAUUCUAUUAGUUCACGACAGCUUCCCUUUACUUACGGUGUCAGCACAGCCGUGCCAUUUAAUGAUCGUGUGCAUCCAGAAUCCAAGAAAGUGUUACGUGAUGGCGUAUACAAAUGUGAAGAUGUGUUUAAGGUUUUCAUCAAAGCUGGCACAACUGUUGUCCCACAUAAAACGAAAGCUGAGUACACAUUUAGCGCACCUUUCAUCGGAACGUCAACUGCAACAGUAGAAGUAUAUAGAUCAGAAUCACCAAAUCCGAUGUAUAUCUCGGAUGAUGGUUGUUACCGGAUUGGGGAGAUAUCGAUCGCACUGAUAGGUAGAGCAAAAGAGGACAAACAAAUGAUAGAUGUAGUGAUGAUGUUUGGAGAUACAGAGCUUCAUGUUACUGCAAAAGAACAUGGCACAAACAACAAAGUGUCUGCAAAAUUCAACUUUCUUAGAUAAGAUCCCCUAUAUUUCAAUGUUAGAAUAAUAAUUAUACUCUUUAUCAUAUGAUUAAUAUGCAUGUACCAGUAGCAUAUGAAUUUUAGAAAACACAUCUUUAAUGCUCUCUUAUGAAAUAAUAUUUCAGCUGACAUGUAAAUAAAAGCGUUCGAUAAGGUUACAAAUACAUGUACAUGUAAAGCAGAUUGAAAAUUACAGAAUUUAAUUUAACUUUUCAUAAAACUUAGAAUACGAUGACAGAAAAGAAAUUGGGAGUCCCCGACCUCGUUUGCGAGUUAUUUGCCCUUUAACUUGAAAUUGUCUUUUCUUUCCUUUAAAAAAUGCCCUUUUUCAGAAUUUCCAGUGUCCGUACUUAUAAAGGGAACACGAAAAACUUUAACGGAAUUCUGUGAACAUAAAUAUUUUGACCAAUGUUAAAGUGAAAAUAAAAAGAAUGGUAAAGAUAAGGUUUGUCUUACUCCUAUAAAAGUUAUCUACCUUUGAAAGUACAUGAAUUAGCAACUCCGGUAGAUGUCCGCAACAGUGUUUUGCGUAAAAUGAUUCUGUUUUAUUUUAUGCAUUUCAGUGGAUUACUGAUUUAUCCGUGAAAAUUAUAUUUGAUAAUUUCACAGUAAAAAUUAUCAAAAUAUAAUUUCACACUUUUCAAUGACGAAACUACUUUUUAUGUGGUACCUCAAUUUUAUUUUUGCUGACAAUUCUGACAAUGUCAGGCUGUUUAAAGAAGAAGCAAAGCUGAAAUUGAUAAUAACUUAAAUGUCAAAAGUAAUAAAAAGAAGAAAACUUACUUCUAUUCAUUCAAAUUCAAAUCACCAAAUUUCGUCUCUAAUUUUUUUUUAUUUUUACAGUCUGAAAAACACAUUCCUUCCACAUGCAAAACUGCUCUUGUUGACAUUUGGGCAUGUUAAAGUAUCCUACGAGCAAUAACUGCCGUAUGCUUUAUGAAAAAUUGAAAAGCAAUGACAGCCAUCAGCUCGAAGAAUAAGUAAACAACCCAGCGUUCCUGAGCCAGCUUCCAAAUUUUCCAUUUUCCAAGUUCAUUUUUAAAUGUUUUCACAUCUGUCAACACUUAUUUUCUGUCUGUUACAAUCCUCAAAUAAGUUUUCUUUCUUUUAAAAAGGUGUUUGACUAACAAAUCCAAAUGAUAUCCCUCUGAAUCAAACACAAUUAUUUUCCUCCCGUGAAAUACACAACUUUAAAAAAUGGCUGCCGCUUACAUUUAACAAAACCAGGUUUAAUAUAAAUUCGCAGU